CUGGAAAUAUGUGAAGAUGAAUUUGAAAGGAAAAUAUAUAAAUUAAUAACACUUGACUGAGGAAUUUAUUUUUAUCUUAAAGCUAACUAAAUGAGCUUAAUCAGCCAUUGACAGGAGAAAUAAUGGAGAUAGAGCUUAAUAAGAAUUUGUAUAAAAAGGCAGAGCUAAGCAUUAAGAUCAUUCAGUACUUGCUACUAGGCUCAGCUGAUACGAUCAUACGAUAUUGGUUAAUUUUUUCUUUCGAGACAAUGAAAUUUGCGGUCUUCAUUUGCCUGCUUGGCGUUACCUUAGCAACUGGAAACUUUGGUAAUGUGGGCAUUGGUUUGCCUAUCUCACUGGAACCGCCCAUUGAGAUGAGUAAGUGUCCUGCCAAUGAUGAUCCCAAUCACUUUGUUAUGUUUGCCUACCCCAACGACUGCCGCAAGUACUACGCCUGUGUAAAUGGUCGGGCCUAUGCACAUCAGUGUCCCGAAAAUCUCUACUGGAGCCAGCUGACGUAUCGCUGUGACUACAGGCAGUACGCCAAUUGCGACAAUAUGCCGUAUCCGGAGCACACGCAGUACAGCGCCUAUCCCGGCGAUUGUGGACACUACUUUGAGACGCGUCUGCUAAGCUGCCCGAACAACUAUGACUGGAAUGAUCAAUAUAAACGCUGCGAUCCGCCACAAAUUGCCGGAUGCCGGCCAACACCGCCUCUUAACACCCAGAUACCAUUUGAGCCGACCGCAGCAACUCCGCCAGCCGUAAUCAAGCCAACAAUUCAACCAGAGCACAGUGCACCCAUUGAUCCGCAAAGUCUAUGCAUUGCUGCUGCUGGCCAACUGACAUAUCUUCCAUAUCCCGGAGAUUGUCACAAGUUCAUUCAAUGUGGUCCAACAGCCUCGGUACUUACUUGUGCCAUCGGCUUGUACUGGAACCGCAGCACCCAAUCUUGUGGCUCAUCCCAAAUCGAUUGCCAGCCCAACGAGCUCUCAUACUUCUCCAAAGAAGUUUGAAUACACUUUAUAUGUUGAAUUCAUAAAUAUUGACAAGGAUUAUAUAAUCAAAUAUUAAUUUGUAAUAAUUGCAAGCUUCAUAAAUUUAAUAAAAACGCUUACUUCAUACGCAAAGAA